CUUAAGAUGUAAUGCUCUUAACCAAUACAAUAGCAAAGCUAUAUGCAUUGCAAACAUGCCAGAGCUUCUGUAAACCUGUUUAACCAGCUUGCUCCACCUUGAUAAUCAGUGUGACACGUCAAACACGAAAAUGAGACGUAUUGUUGGAAAAAUUUGCCACAGUGGCACAUGCAUAUUGAUAAUUUAACUGAAAGUAUCAUCUGCAUGUGCUUUUCCAGACUUGCUAAAAACAGAUAAAAAAAAUGAGAAAAUGUAAAAUUAUGCACACCAAUAUUAAGUUUUCUAGUUUUCUUAGAGUUUUUAGAAAAUUAUGAGUGCAUAUUUUUAGAUAAUUGUAACACACCUAGUACAAAACCUUGUUCAGCAGGAUUUCAUUUAUUUAAAGGUACCCUUGUGUCAUAUUAUUUUAUCAUAUUUUAAUUAGCGCUGUAAAACGAUUAAUCAAAUUCCAGAAUAAAAGUUUGUAUUUGAUUCUGCACUGUACUGUGCAUAUUCAUUUUGUAUUUAUUAAUACAAUUGAACAUAUUUAAGGAAAAUACAGGACAUAACUAGACAUGUGCCUGGUUAACCGCGAUUACCACUAAAUCCUGCUGAAACUGAGCUGGCUGCGAUAAUGCAUGGUUUUGAUUAUUUUAUUGAUGCGAAGCUUGUCUGUGAAGCACGGCUCUUGGAUCAGUAGGAAAUACAGUUUGAUCUAAAAGCAGUGCGAGUUUGAGUCGCUUAUAACGUACAUUUAAAAAUGCAACACCCGUCAAAUAUGAUCAUUAUAAAUUUACUUUAUUAUCAUGAAAAUACCCGAGGGGGCUUGAGGAACAGUGAUAAAAACAUGGCAUUAGGCAUUUCCUAGAUUCUUGAACAUGUUAUGGUCUUCUUCUGCUGUGCGUGUUUGGAGUUUCUGUACGAGAGUGCCCUCUGGAUUUCUGAUGCAGCUGCAUUUUAGCGUACUUCACUCACAAGUUGUGCAUAUAUCACGUGAUGUAUACUUUCGGUUAACCGGGCAGAUGACUAGACAUAACAAUUAAUAAAUGUUUAUAUAUAAUUCAAUCAUAAAUACAUUUCUCAAAAUAAAUGCAUCAAAAUAAUUAAAGCAUGUGCGCACCAGUUACGCAGUAAGUGAAGCUGAGUCAUAUGUCUGUUUUAUUGGUGGUUCUUGUCCGGCAUCUUUUAGCGCUGGGACUGUUCCAUCUUAUCAGUUUCAAACGAUAUCCAAAUCCAGCGUUAUAUACACCGUUUAUAUAACAUUCCUCUAUAAGUCAAACUAAGUCAUACGUCUGUGUUUUGUUGGCAAUCAACGUGUACGUGCAUAAUGUACAAAACAGGAAGGGAUUAAUGUGAUGAUGUGUAGUUUGGUCCCACCUCUAGCAGCUCGUGUUUUUCUGUGAAGAAUCAUAUAGCGGUUUAUCUCUUUUAUGAAUUUGAUCAAACUAAAUACUCUUCGAAGAUAUGAUGUACGCAAUACUACUGUAUAAGCACUCAAGAUUAAUAUGAGAUUGGCAGAAACUGCCUGUGAUACGCAAUCUUUAAAUGUUUGAUCGCACAGAUUUUAAUUUUAACAUAAAUUAAGAAGAAAUUAAAAAUGUACUAAACUGUAUAUGCUAGAUUUUACAGAAUUUCCAGUUCCAGAUGAAGAAAUGUGCAUGUAAUGCGACACAACAUGUUUCAAGUGUAUUUGCAAAUGUCACGCCACUGGCAGUAUACAUUUGUGUAGUAAAUCUCAUUGAAAUCGCCUUACACUCUGUCCAUUAUUUUCCGUCAGGUCAGUUUAGAAAAUAAGUUUUGUAGUAAUUUAAAAAAAUAUAUUUUCUGUGCAAAGUCACUGUUGCAUAAUUGACAUUUAAGUAAAAGAUUUUAAUCAAGUCGGAACAAUGAUUAUUAUUUCCAACUGUAGGAGAAAAGUCUUUUGAAUCCUUCUGAACCCAUCCAAAUAACUCCGCAUUUUGGCCUAAAACAAUGCAGCAUAGGUUAAUUUCUAACCCAAUGAUUGAGUUUGUCCCUUUUUGGCUCAACUAUGGGUUAAAAAUAUAUAGUGCUGUAAAUCAUUAAAAAAAUUAUCUAAUUAAUUGCACAUAACAUUGAUGUUUUGGUAGCACAAUCUCAUAUUGUUUUCCGAGCUAAAAUAAUUGUUAGAUUUAAAGCUCCAAGUUCAGUUCAGUUCCACUCUAGGUGUUUUUUGCUGAUUUAACUUUGACAAGCUUUAGUCGGUGUCUGCUUAUGCUGUUUGCUCUUCUUUAUAAACAGACUCUGAGUAUUUGAGUAGUCAAUGAUUGUCCAAAUAAUCCACAGCAACAAGUGUCCUGUGGCUGUCAAAGAGCUUUUUUCCAAAUGUGUGCCAUGAUAAUGAACUAGCCAGAGACGUUGCUGUUUGAUGGUAUAUAUAGUUUUAUUGUACUGUUUUAAGUGAAGUAGCUCUGUCUACCCCUUCUUCUCCUCUUUAUUCUGUUCAUGCCUCAGAGUGUUCAGUUCAGGAAUAUUCAUGAACUGUAUUAUUUGAAGACCCAGCAAGCGAAAGUGCAAAUGGACCACCCGGAGAAGGAAAUGGAGCAUCGCCUUCGCGUUUGCGUGGCAACCUGUAACAGAGCGGACUACUCCAAACUCGCUCCCAUCAUGUUUGGGAUAAAAGCUCUUCCUGACAUCUUUGACCUAGAGGUGGUGGUGCUGGGUUCACAUCUCAUUGACGAUUAUGGAAACACCUUCCGUAUGAUCGAGCAGGAUGAGUUUGAUAUUGGCUCUAAACUGCACACCAUCGUUCGUGGUGAAGACGAAGCCGCCAUGGUGGAGUCUGUUGGUCUGGCGCUUGUAAAGCUCCCUGACGUGCUCCAGCGUCUCGCUCCCGACAUUCUGCUGGUCCACGGCGACCGUUUCGAUGCCCUCGCCUUGGCCACAGCAGCCGCUCUCAUGAACAUUCGCAUUUUGCACCUGGAGGGCGGAGAAGUCAGUGGGACGAUCGACGAUUCCAUCCGCCACGCCAUCUCCAAACUGGCGCACUACCACGCUGUCUGCACGCUCUCGGCCGAGAGACACCUCAUCUCAAUGUGCGAAGAUCACUCUCACAUCUUAUUGGCUGGCUGCCCAUCGUACGACAAGCUGCUGACCGCCCACCAGCGAGACGAUUACCCCGAUAUCAUCAAGUCCUGGCUCGGCGAUGUGCAGGAGCAGGAUUAUAUCGUAGCUUUACAGCAUCCUGUGACCACAGACAUCAAGAAUUCCGUUAAGAUCUAUGAGUUAAUGCUGGACGCUCUCAUCUCAUUCAACAAGAAGGCUCUCAUACUCUUCCCCAAUAUAGACGCAGGAAGUAAAGAAAUGGUUCGUGUCAUGAGGAAGAAAGGAGUCGAACAGCACCCAAACUUCAAAGCGGUCAAGCACGUUCCAUUCGAUCAGUUCAUCCAACUGGUGGCUCACGCUGGCUGUAUGAUCGGGAACAGCAGCUGCGGUGUACGAGAGGCUGGAGCAUUCGGGACACCUGUAAUUAACCUGGGAACUCGCCAGACUGGUCGAGAGACAGGCGAAAAUGUUCUUCAUGUACGAGACGCAGACACGCAUAACAAAAUCUUCCAUGCCCUGGAACUACAGUUUGGAAAGCGCUACCCAUGCUCCAAGAUCUACGGUGAUGGAAAUGCAGUCCAACGCAUUUUGAAGUUCAUGCAGGCUAUUAACCUCUCUGAGCCGCUUCAGAAGAAGUUUUGUUUCCCGCCAGUGAAGGACUGCAUCUCUCAAGACAUCGACCACAUUCUGGAGACUCAAAGCGCUCUUGCUGUCGACCUAGGUGGAACCAACCUGCGUGUGGCGAUCGUUAGUAUGAAGGGUAAAUUGGUCAAGAAGUAUAUCCAGUUGAAUCCAAAGACAUUUGAGGAGAGGAUAGAGCUCAUUCUCACCAUGUGCAAGCAGGCCUUGGCUGACGCUGUUCACCUCAACUGCAGGAUUCUGGGAGUCGGCGUGAGCACAGGUGGCCGUGUCAACCCGCAGGACGGCGUGGUCCUUCACUCCACCAAGCUGAUAAAUGAGUGGACUUCUGUGAACAUCCGUACACCGCUCUCCAGCGCCCUCCACCUGCCCGUAUGGGUCGACAAUGACGGGAACUGCGCAGCCCUGGCUGAGAGGAAAUUUGGUCACGGGAAUGGUGUGGAGAACUUUGUCACCAUUAUUACUGGAACCGGAAUCGGAGGUGGCAUUAUCCAGCACAACGAACUGAUUCACGGCAGCACGUUUUGCGCGGCAGAACUGGGGCACAUUGUGGUCUCUCUUGAAGGACCUGAAUGCACAUGUGGCAGCCACGGCUGUAUAGAAGCCUAUUCGUCAGGUCAUGCCCUGCAGAGAGAGGCUAAGAAACUGCACGACGAGGACCUGCUGUUGGUGGAGGGAAUGUCUUUGAACAACAAAGAACAGGUGAACGCUAGUCAUCUUAUUAAUGCUGCCCAAAACGGCAACUCCGAAGCUGAGAGCAUCCUUCGCACAGCUGGAACUGCCCUUGGUCUGGGCAUUGUAAACAUCCUGCACAUGGUCAACCCAUCUCUGGUGGUCCUGUCUGGCGUUUUGGCAAAGCACUACGAAAAUCAAGUUCGACAAGUCAUUAGUCAACGCUCCCUUCUCUCGGUGAAGGAGACAAAGGUUAUGGUAUCCAGCCUUGAGGACCCCGCUCUACUUGGUGCUGCAAGCAUGGUGCUGGACUACACCACUCGCCGUACCUGCUGAGAGAAACCAAGAACCAAGACUUUUGACUUUUGGGACUGAGGGCCAAUCACAUGUUGUGUCAUUUGUUACGCCCGUUAUGACUUUUUAAAGGCUAAUGUUGGUUUUUAUUUGUCUUGUUUCAUGUUUGUGAUAGAACUGAGUUGUCUGUCUUCCUACAGUGACAAGCAGGUGGUGUUAUAUAUUCUAUUUUUGGGAUCAGACACCUAAUGAAAGGUGUGUCGUUUUAAAGAUUUAAUUAUGAAGAAUUGGUAAAGAAAGGUUGGAUUUAGUAUUUGUAUUUAAUGUGGACUUUACCAUAGGUACUUGGUACUGGGGUGAUCUCUUUAUUGCUUUCAGUCUUGUUUAUUUCUCCCCCACACAGAUGCAGUGCAUGUCUUCUUUCUUUGCGCCUUAUGCUGUCGCCAAAUCUGUCUUUUGUCAGCAUCAUGUUUUGAAAAUGUUUACUUGUUUAUCCAGCUGAAGGAAUGAAAACACAUUGCUGUUUGUUCAGUAUGUUUACUCUAAUUUAAUAUUAAAUUUUCGUCUCAAGAAAGCUUCAAAAUGAAACCCUUAUUAAAGACUGUGGUCUUAUAACUUUAAAUGCUGCUAGGGUCCCUCAUAUAAGAUCUAAGCUUUAUAUCUCCUAUAGAAGAGGGACUGUAGGAUGGUUGCAUUCGGUCUUGCCAUAAGUGGAAGUAUAAACUUAUGUUUAAGUUGAUCUAUAAAACAAUUACUGACUGUUUUGCUUUACCUGUACAUUGUGUACAUUAUGAAAUAACCACUACAAGCAUUCAUAGAUAUUAAUAUAAAAAGGUUUUGUUGCACGUUUUUAUUUGUUUAUUGGUCAUUUCUUUAUAACAUUUUUUUCUGUUUCUCUGAAUUUUUUUUAUUUUUAAAUAAACUCAUUUAGAUACUAUAAA